AUGUUUGAAAAUUUAACUCUUGAGCAAAUUAAAUUAAAAUUAAAAAAUAAUGAAUUUAUUACUCGUGAAAAAAAUAGAAAAAGUGAUGUCUGGCAAAAUUUUUUAGAAAUUACAGAUCUUGAAAAUAAUUUUAUUGGUUAUGUUUUAUGUAAAAAUUGUAGUCAAAUUUGUAUUUAUUCACAAAAAUCUGGAACUUCACAUUUAUUACGUCAUUCUUGUGCUUCUUCUAGUAAACAAUCAAAAAUUACAACAUUUUUACCAAAACAAUAUAUUCCAUCUAAUAUUAAAGAAUUAACUAUAAAUAAAUUAGUUAGUUUUGUAUGCAAAGAUUUACGACCUUUUGAAAUUAUUACAG